AUGGCGGCGAGCACGACCGUCCAACCAUUUCCCGCCCGCUGCGCGCUGCGAUCUCUCCCUCUCUCUCUCUCUCUCUCUCUCUCUCUCUCAGAUAAUGCGCUAAAGAGAUUUUUGUUCUCGCUCUCUCUCUCUCUCUCUCUCUCUCUCUCUCUCUCUCUCUCUCUCUCUCUCUCUCUCUCUCUCUCUCUCUCUCUCUCUCUCUCUCUUCUCUCUGUGUUCUACUUCACCGUGGCUCAGUAUGCCCACUUGCGACGACUGCAUUUCACGAUUGAGAACCUCAAUAAGCAGAAGCGUCUUUUUAAAUACGGCCUCAAGCCCUCUUUUGCCCGCAGUACUCCUGAUCAGCCCGGCUUCCCUAGCACUUGGCAGCGGAUUCCCGGCAACUGUGAACAUGAACUUUUGGGCGAGCCCGAUAGUGACGAGGAAGAAGAAGAGGGCGACCAGGAUCGGCCGGAUCAAGUCUCUUUGACCAUUCGCUUCACCUUUGAGCCUAGUCAUGCCGACACCCCGCCCUCCUGUCUUCACCUCGCCUUUGCUCCACCCUUUCCCUACGCUGCGGUUCAGACCCAGCUACAGGAACUUGCUGUACAAUACCCCCUGGCCGCUGAUCCUCCACCACAAAGCACCCCCAGCUCUCGCCGGCCCAGCGGAUCGGCCCACCACCCUGCACCCAAGCCUGGCAUCUAUUACCAUCACGAUGUGAUCACCCACACGCUUGAAGGCCGUCAUCUGGAUUUGAUGACCAUCACCUCUUACGACGGCCAAGAAGCUACGCGCGAAGCACGUCUGCCCAGCCUCUUUCCGGAUACAGCCCAUCCUCGGGCCCACACUUUUGGAGCCAAGCCUGUUUUCUUCAUAUCUGCCCGCGUUCAUCCAGGAGAAACACCGGCCAGUCACAUGUUCAACGGCGCACUGCGUUUCCUUCUCGACCCAGACGACCCGCGAGCAGCACUUUUGCGUCAACGCUACGUCUUCAAGCUCGUGCCGAUGCUCAACCCUGACGGAGUUGCGCGUGGUCACUAUCGAUGUGACACGCGCGGUGCCAACCUCAAUCGCUUUUACAACAACCCGGACCGUGAGCAUCAGCCCACCAUUUGGGCCAUCAAAACCUUGAUUGCCUACCACCACUACAAGGGUAACCUUGCUUUUUACAUUGAUUUGCACGCGCAUGCCACCAAGCGUGGCAGCUUCAUCUAUGGCAACAAUCUUCCCUCUCAGCGCCAGGUGGACAACGUGCUGUUUGCCCAACUGGUUGCCAUGAACACCCCACACUUUGAUUUUGAGGGCUCUGUCUUCUCAGAGCGAAAUAUGCUCGCCAAGGCACGUCUUCGUGCUGUGCGAUGUGUUAUAAUAUCGACGCCCGCGCGCAUUCCUCUUCCAUCACUCCCAUUUUUGACCUCACACAUUGGUAUUUUUUUUUUCGGGCUGAUGUGCUAUACCUUGGAGAGCAAUUAUGGCACUGGGCGAGUUUCCAACCUGCUCGGCCCCAUGACGGGUCAGGGGCCAGGCCAGGCGCAUAUCAGUCCUGCUCCUGUACCGUAUGGCAUCCCUGAGUGGGAGGAUGUGGGCGUGGCUAUGCUAGCCGCGGUCCUGGAUCUCAAAGACCUCAACCCGUGGUCUCGCAUUCCAACCAGCGAUUUUGGCUCCUUGUCAGCAGUGCGCUCGCAUGUCAUCGAGUACAUGCGCAGUACCAAUCGGGCGAAACCAUCUACGCAAGCCUUCCGCGGGCGCAUUGCAGUCGCGCGUCGUGCCCAUGCCAAUCCACAAUCGUUGCCUGAGGCCCUGGCCCUCGCUCAGGCUGCAGCCACACGUGGUGGCAAGGGCAAAGGAAGAGGCCAGGCGUCGGGCCAGCGUGCACCACCGCGCGAGCCACGUUCGUGCAGAGCCGCAGCUGUCCCCAAGUGGGAGCCACACCCAGAGCCCACAGCCGCCUUCUCCGCUGCUGCAUCGAUUCGUGGGAUUGGUAUGUUUGUGAUGCAACCCGGCACGACACCACCAGCUCGUCUGGCAUCCAACUCGGAAUUGCGCCUUGGCGACAACAGCCAGUGA